GGCGAGUUCAAGACAAACUGGUCGGAGCUCGGCGGUAUAGACCCAUAUGCAUGAUGCAUCAGCGGCGGCAUCAGGGGGUGGUUCAUCGGUGCCAAGACUGGCAACAUUGAGAACAUUAUCAACCACGUCAAAACACGCCAGCACAUGAUGGCGUGCAAGCAAGAGGCACAGCGGCUCACCCAGCAGGGUGGCUUUGUCACGCGGCCCAUUCCACCGCCUGGAGUGCGAGAUGUCAGCUGUGCCUGGCCACCUGACAUGCGCAUGCAUCUGUAUGGCAUGUCGGACGAGGCGGCGGAGGAGGAGUAUCAGCGCCUCUACAGCCAGUUUCAGCACAGGUGCACACGUCGGCGAGAGCCGCAGCCCAAUGCCUUAGACAGUGGGCGCCGUGUCUCACCGCGCACUUCACCCAGUCCUGCACCUGGAGCUCGCACCGUUGGUCCCAACAUGGAUCCGGAGGCACAGCACAUCGUCAGCCCUGACACGGGCCCGCGUACGGGCUACAUCCAAGGGCAGCGAGCCACCAAUCCCAACGUUGGACAUCGCAUCGGUGGUGCUGGCAUCACAGGCCUGCCGCCACGGGGACCCCCCUCUCGUGCACUGCCGACCCAGCUGCAGCAUCGGCAGGAUGAUGCCGCCCGGGGACGCAUGCCAUCAGGUGGUGUGUGGGACUUGGGCGAGAUUGACACCACGGGUGGCCAGGGGCCCGUGGCGUCGUGGAAGUGCAGGCGGUGUCAGAACAGACACAGCAUCAUUAGGUGCUGUGCGUGUGGGUCGUUUGCGAGGCCUCAGCUAACAGAGGGUGGAGGGAAGCGGUACACGUGUGAGCAGUGUGACAACUACGACUUUGGAUUGAUCCUCCCGUCAGCGGGCCUCGCCUUCUACGGCUACGGCCUCGCCUUCUACGGGCUUCCGGCGCGUACGCCAGUGCAGGCUGCGGCAGCCGCACAGGUCCAGGAAAUGCUUCGCGCGGCUCGCGACAAUCAAGUCCCCGCUCUUCAAGCGGAAUUAUCUUCCCUACAAACACGGAGGGGGGUUAAGAAACUUAGGAGAAUGCUUAAGAACGAUAAGAACGACGGAAGAACAUGGAGGAGGCGGGUGUGCAUUCUUAAACAUUCUUACACUGGUAUUAAGCGGUUUUAU